AUGGUGUGGUGUAUCCCUUCAAGACUGGUGAGUGAGGAGAUAGGGUCUCCUUAUUACGACAACGUCCGCCCGCUCUCCUAUCCAGAUUCAGAUGCUGUCCUGAUUUGCUUUGACAUCAGUCGGCCAGAAACCCUUGACAGUGUGCUAAAAAAGUGGAAAGGGGAGAUCCAGGAGUUUUGUCCCAACACCAAAAUGCUGUUGGUUGGCUGCAAGUCGGACCUGCGCACGGAUGUAAGCACGCUGGUGGAGCUUUCCAACCACAGGCAGACGCCCGUGUCCUAUGAUCAGGGUGCAAAUAUGGCCAAGCAGAUUGGAGCGGCGACAUAUAUCGAAUGCUCAGCCUUACAGUCGGAAAACAGCGUCAGAGACAUUUUUCACGUCGCCACCUUGGCGUGCGUGAACAAGACGAAUAAAAACGUGAAGCGGAACAAAUCGCAGCGGGCGACAAAGCGAAUUUCCCACAUGCCGGGCAGGCCGGAACUGUCCACAGUGGCGACGGACUUGCGAAAGGACAAAGCAAAGAGUUGCACGGUGAUGUGA